CGUAACCAAACAGACCCAGAGUCAGUCCGAGUCCUCAGUCCGGCUCAAAGUUCUGGAGCCGAGCGGGGUCAGAGCAGACCGGAGUCCGGAGGAUCAGACUGGACCUGAAUCUACACCGAAACGCGGACAUUAUUGUACUUUAAAGUCAGACAGGAAGACAGAAGGACUCGGCUCCACUCGGCUUUGUUCGCUUCAGCGCCGGAUAUAUAUAUAUUUUUAAAAAAAAGACAAGUUUCAUUUUUAUAUUUGAAUUAAUGGUUUCGCUUCGUUGAUUAAGCUGAUUUUCACCGUCAGUUUAAUAUUAUGAUGACUGAAGAAGCAGCUCAAUAACAGCUGACUGACGACAGGUUGCGCAACCGACACGACAAUAAGGACACAAAGGCGUCAUCAGUCGACUCCAGUAUUCCCAGUAUCAGACCUGCUGCUCCCAGUUGGAGUUCAAACUACACAAGAAAACCUUUUGUUUUUGUCUUCAGCAACUUCUGCUCCACAGACAGACAGACAGCUUUAGAACCACCGACUCUACUGGGUUUCUAUUGAGUCUACUGGAUCUACUGGUUUCCUGUUGACCUGCAGUCCGGACCAGUCUGUCUAUCUAAAGAGGACAAGAUGACCAUGGAUGUGACUACAGUCAGGUCUCAGCUGUGUCUGAAGAGGCUUUUGGACGAGCCCCAGGAUAAUUUACCAAAAUGUAAAUUAGCUCGUCUGACUCCACAACCUCCUGCCACCGGCCUAUCACCCUGCCUCAAGCCCAGAAGCCCCGCCCCUAAGUCCAACCAGAACCAAUCCCCAUCCAAAGUCGGACCGUACUUCCUGUUUGAACGCUGCGAGGGGGAGGAGACUUACAGGGCUGAGCAUGCACACACAAAGCAGCAAUACACCUGCCAGGUGCUUCCUCUGCGUGGUUACCAGGAGCGGUUGGCUGUGUACACCCGUAUUGGUCACCAUGCAAACAUCUGUGCCCUGCUGGACGUGGUGAUUGGCCAGGACAGCGUGUACGUCUUCCUGCCUGGUCACCACGGUGACAUGCACGCGUACGUGCGAAGCAGGAAGCGUCUAGGCGAGGAGGAGGCGGGGCAUCUGUUCACUCAGAUGCUGAAUGCCGUGACGCACUGUCAUCGUCACGGAGUCGUCCUGAGAGACCUGAAGCUCCGCCGGUUCGUCUUCACUGACAAAUACAGGACUCGUCUCGCCCUGCUUGGCCUCAAUGACUGUGUCCUCCUGCAUGGUAACCAUGACGACGACUCUCUGACAGACAGACACGGCUGCCCCGCGUACGUCAGCCCCGAGCUGCUGACCAAUGGGAAAGGUUCUUACUCAGGCCGCGCAGCAGACAUCUGGAGCCUGGGCGUGUCUCUCUACACCAUGCUGAUUGGACGAUACCCGUUUCAGGACACGCAGCCCGCCGUGCUGUUCGCCAAGAUCCGCCGCGGGGCCUUCAGCCUGCCUGACUGGCUGUCACCACAAGCCAAGUGUCUGAUUGGCUGCAUGCUGAGGAAGUCGCCUGCGGAGAGGCUGGAGGCGGCGGAGCUGCUGAUGCACCCGUGGCUGACAAAUCCCUGUGUGCCACAUCACAACAUGCACAAGACGCAUCACAGCUCACAAAAAACACUACAGAGUAAACAAGAGGCGGAUGAUCAGGUGGUGCCAACAUGGACGGAAAAAAAACACUAGCACACGUGUACUUCUAUACUUGUGAGGACCUGCAUUAGCCCUUAACCUUAAUCACAACUAAUGAGCUCCAACCCUUAUAUUAAAGUUAACCAAAACCUGAUUCAGACUUAAACCCUGAAAACAAGUCUGAACCCUCAACACUGCCUUUGAAGAGGUGAGGAUCAGACAAAAUGUCCUCAGUCCCACAGUCAACAGCCCAACUUGGUCCUCACAAAGAUAGACAUACAAGAUCACAGACACUACAGAGACAGUCUGAUCCUGGAUUACUUGACCAGCCCUCAGGUGCCUUCCUCCUGCUGUAGCUGUGACUCAAUGCAAACUCUGCCUCCUCACAAAGGGACGUGGUCUGUGACGGUGUCCUCACCUCGAGGCCUCAACCUGCUCCUCGUCUUCCACAAAUCAUAACUGAUCCACCAGCUUCACCAAUACCUGACACACACCAGAAUGACUGGUGUGUUCAGUGUGUCGCCCAAAAACUCCCAUUUCCCCCUGAACACAGAGUCCGAGUUAAACUAAGGCCUCAUUAUUGACAUCCUGCAGGGGUAAUUUUACUGAUCCACUUCAACACCUGGUCACAUGGUCAUUUCUGACUUAUGUAGUUGAUGAAGACUUCCUGGACACACCAUUGGUUUUAAAAAAUGGAUUCGGAAGACCAAAAAUGGGAUACAGCUUGUUUCAGUGUUUACACUUCCUGGUUGCUCCCUAAAAGUAUAAGAGAAGGAUCGGUCAGUCACCAAAGUCGCCAGUGACAGAAAUCACCAGAGAAAUUUACACAAAUUCAGCAUAAAGUGGCCAACGAUGCCAAACUGUUAAAUUCAGCAUCAGGCUGACUUUAAAACAACAAAGUGUUUCAGUCCUUUUAUGAUGAUCACAGUUUAAUGGGAGUUGGGAGCCGCCAUCACAGCCUGUUAUCUCAGGAUCAAAACUUAAUUUCCUAAUUUCUCUAAAUUCUAUUAUUGUGGUGCUCAUGAAAACUUAUCCUGAAACAACAAUGUACUCAUUAUUUUUAUUUAAUAGUUUAAUAGUUUUCUUGUGACAGGACAUGUAAUUUUGCCUGGCUAACAAGCAUAUUCAUCACUGUAAUAAUAAUAAUUACAUGCAACCAUCAUCCAAAAUAACAGGGCAGUAAAUUUGUGAUCAUGAGAAAACUAUUUCUGAUACGUCAACAUGAGAAUAUAAUUGAAUCUCAGGAUAAAGGAUCUAUUUUAAGCACCACGUAUUGAGUCAUAAUAAAAAAAUAAUGAAGUCGUAAUCUUGAGAUAAACAGACUGAAAUAAUUCCUGACACGUCUUUUGCUCCCUUUGACGAAGACUGGCCAAUCACGACCCAACAGACGUGCAGCCAGCCAAUAGGAUGCCUUCUUCUGAAUGUGUCAUUCAGACCUCAGUUACAGUUUUAAAGUAAAUAAAGAUGUUUCACAGACUGUUGGUCCCGAACUGUCUUUUGUUUGAUUUGAAUUAAGGAAACAUUUUACUGUUAUGUAAAUCACCACACUGACUGCCACAGUAGAUACAGAAUUACUGUGAAUCAUAAAUUAACUAAAUAUACAUUUAAAUAAUGCAUUAAAAUGAAGAAAUAAAUCAUCAUUAAAUGUGCCAGUUAGUGAUUCUUCUAUCUCAUCGUGUAUUAAUGGAAUGGUGGUGUACAUGUUCGGAAAAUAAGAAAAAUAGACUUCUAGAUAAGCUUGUCUGGGGCGUUGUUUGUAGCGAGCUAUUUCUUGGCUGGAGCCAGUAACCCCCUGAAGUCUCUGCAGGGCAAUUUCUCAGGGGCGCGAAAUAGUCUGGCAUAAUACCCUCGCAAAUGGAUAUUUUUACGUCUUGGUUUUUGUAAGGAUUAAACGCACACAAUGGCUAAAAUGUUAAUUAGUAGAUUUUGUAACCGAUGCACAGAGCGAGGCUAACUGUUUCCCCCUGUUCCCAGUAUUUGUGCUAAGCUAAGCUAAAAAGCUGCCCGCUUCAUAUUUAAUGGACAGAUAUGAGAGUGGUAUUUAUGUUCUCGUCUAACUCAGUGCCAAAAAGUGAGUAAGUACUGAUUCAAUGUCAAGCCAUUCCUCUGAUGAUUUGACAUCAGAUCAUCAGAGGAAUUGAUCAACCAGAUCAACCAGCCGAUGCCCAGCAGCGAGUCUCUUCACAUUUAUGAUCAUCCGGUUUCUAAUUUCCUCUUUUUCUUGCACAGUUCUCAUGGAAAAAAGGGAAGAAAUGACAUACAGAACAUGAGCUCUGGCAGCAGCAGUUUUUCUCACCAUCAUGUUUAAUUGCUAAAUCCCAUCACACAGCAGAAUAAAUCCUGUGACUGUCACUUCAAUCAGACUCUAAUCCUUCAUCACAAAGAACAGAAUCUCUGCUCUGUCCUCAUCUGUGUGAAAUAUCCAACCAAUAGUCAGUAAACCGUCCUUUAUGUCAGCUCAUUUGUCCCUGGUGAAGUCACUGGCGGCAGCCAAUCAAGAGACAGUAUCAGUGUCCAUGUCUUCAGUGUCGUCGCCCUCCGAGCGGCAGAUCUCCUCCAAUGCCAGCUCUGACAGACAGGAAAUAGGAAGUAAAAAACAGGAAUGUGUUUAUCUCAGUGUUCUAAAUGGUGUUUUAUGUGGCCAAAC